CCAAACCUAGCACGUUUUGCAAUCAAAGUCCUCAGCAAGACAUGCAGUGCUAGUGGAUGCGAAAGGAACUGGAGUGUGUUCCAACAUAUCCAUAGCAAAAAAAAGGAAUAGGUUCGAACAUAAAAGGUUGAAUGACCUUGUCUUUGUUCGAUAUAAUAUGAGGUUGAAACAAAGAGAAUUAGAAAAAUCAUUAGCAAGGAAGCACACAUCUCAGUUCGAUCCUAUCAGCCUGGAAAAUUUUGACGAUCUAGAGCCAUGGAUUGAGGAAGAACCAGCUACAAUAUUUGAUGAUGAAGAUCUUGAAUGCUUCAACCUUGAAGCUGAAACAAUAGAAGGCUUUGUUGAUGAAGGAGAGUCUGUUACUGACUUACUGGCACUGCUGGUGUUGAAUAUGUUGGUGAGGAUCUUCCAAUUUUUGACGAUGAAGAUAAAGAUGAUGAAGAUUAUGAAGGAUGAAUCAUGAUUGAGAGUCAAGUCAAGACUCAAGAGUGCUUUCAUUUUAUAUGUAUCGAACGACUUAAGAGUUAUGAAUCUAUGGUUAUUGAACACUUGAA